UCUUUUUCUUUCCUCUUUUUCUCUCUUUCUCUUUCUCACUCAUCUCACACACAACAAAUUACAGAAGCUUGAUUUUUUAUUUCUCUUUUUAGAUUAUUUAUUUGGGAAUGCAAUGUUCUGGGAGUCUUUGACUACUUAUGUUUCCAUUACGUGAAAUUCAGUCCAAUUAAGAUAGGAUGCAGCUUUCAAAUGGUUGUUAAAUGAAUUGAAUUGCAUGUAAAUUCAAAUGUUUAAGAAUGAUUUAUGAAGAUUAUGAAUGGUUUCUAAUUCAUUCAAGUUCUGAUUUUCAUCAAAAAUCAAGUCUUCAAUUGAGUUUCAAAGAUAGCCCAUUGCAUGUUUGUGAAAAGAACCUGAAAUUUCUGUCCUGUUUGGCAUAGACUUUUCGACACAGAUAUAAAACUCAUUAUUGUUGCUUAUCAUUUUUGUGUUAAGGAGGGUUUCUUAAGCUUUCUAAAGAGACCAAAUAUGCUGAAUCCCAUCCCCUAAUGAAUUUUCUACGAAUUUUCUAUUGGAGACUCUCAAAACUGAAAAUUUCUGAACAUGUGCUGCUGUCCUGUAUGUGUAGAGACUCUUUGACACAGCUGUAAACCCCUAUACUUUCUCCUAUCAUUUUUGUGUUAAAGAGGGAUUUCUUAGCUUUCCAACAAGACCAAAUUUGACAAAUUUCAUCGCCUAAUGAAUUUUGUACAAUUUUUUGAUUAUGGACUGCCGAGACUGCAACUUUCUGAAAAACGUUAUUUGUGUUCUAUUUUUUCAAGGCCUUUCAACACAUAUGCGAACCUUGUUACUUCUGUUCAUUAUUUUUAUGUUAAAGAAGGCUAUCUUUAGUUUCAAACGAGACCAAAUUCUAUGAAUUCCAUCGUAUAAUGAAUUUUGUACACAUUUUUGAUUCAAGAUACCCAAAACUGAUAUUUACAUGGAUACUCAUUUCAGACUGUAUGUUUCACCGUUUUCAGACUGUAUGUUUCACCGUUUCUUGUUGUUUUAGAUUAUUGUCGUACUUGCAGUUAAUGUAUACUUUUCCUUUUUGCGUACAUGGUGGUAAACUUGGUCACUUAUUAUUUCCUGUACUUGAGUAUUUAUAAAUUGAACAUGGCAGUACAAAAUCAUCACUCUCAAAGCUUAGAUUGGUACUAAUAUUUACAGAUUUUAGAAAAUAUGUUUCUGUUGUGUGUUGUUGGAAUAAUAAUCAGUUGAAUUGUAAAACAACUUGGUGACUGUUGUCUACCUUUUACAAGUAGCAGUGGUCUAUGUAGUCGUAUAACAAGUUAAUGGUAGAGAAAACUUGAUUAAGGUCGGAAGAUGUAUGUUUUUCUCCGCCUCAAGUACGACUCCUGAUCAAGUGAUAUGCAAAUCUGAUGUUCGAGUUUAUGCCGCAACACUUUGUCUUGACAAUUUCCUGUUUUAAGUAACUUCUGGAAGCAGAAGCAGAUUGGCUUUCCUUUAUCUCCUCCAAAUUAAUUCUCCUUACUGAGGAACAGUUUCGUAUCAAAAUUUGCCGCCAAAAGAUGCUGUCUCUAGAACCUUACAUGAUCACCACAAUCAUCUCCAGUCGAUUGGAGAAAAUAUUCUAGAUUUAUUAAUCUUUGAGCUCUCUCAUAUUGUAUAUCUACAUCAAAAAUGUCGAAAUUUGGAGGAGGGCAAAAUUUAGCAAGUGACGCGACACAGUUAAUCGAACAAUUAGAUCGGCAUUGCUUAGCUCCUGAUGGUUCUAUGGUUUCCAAAUCCGCUUACCACGAUUUCCAACUAGCUAGAGAAGAAAUGUCAAGAGAAAGAUUGCGUUAUUUAGAAGCCAUGGCAAUUUACUGUGAGGCAAACGCGUUGAUUGAAGAGUACCAACAAGCAAUUUCGGUAGGGAAUAUUGGAGGAAUUCGAGAUGUUCAAGGUUUAUACCCUCAGCCUGGGUUAAAAUGCUCUCCUCAGGUAUAUGAAUCUUUGGAGCAUAGGUUAGUAGUUGCAGAGGCAGCUCAAAGAUUGAGACUUCCUCUUAUCUCAAAAGAUGGGGAAGUUCAUGAGGAAGAGAUUGAAAAAUUGAGUAUAAUGUCAAGGAGUUCUCUAGAUAGUACGAGUACUAGUGUAACGAUUAGUUCUAGCUCCAAUUCAACUAACCAUGCAAAUAGUGUGGCUAAUAGUAAUACUCUUGUUGUAAGUUCUGCGGAUGCAGGGGAACCCGAAAUAGGCGGGGUUCCAAAUCGUUUUCUGGGGAUUACACCUAGUUAUUUAAGGCAAAUGCAGCUUCAGCAAAGUCCCUCUAUCAUGGAAAUGACAGAAUAUCAAAUCCCACUUGGUCGUGUGGUUGAAGCUCGAUUAAAGGCUAAAUGUGACAAGUUAGUUGAUGCUUUUUCAAUGGACGGUAUUGAUUCAUCAUCCAGUGGUCAAAUAUCGAUUUCUCGGCUUCCGGAACGGGUAAAAUUGAUCACUGAGGAAAUCGAAAGGGAAGAGGCUGCUUUGCGGGAGGAUCUUUAUGCUGCAGAUAGGAAGUUUGCGGAAUACUACAGUGUCCUAGAGCAGAUACUUGGGGUGCUUAUUAAGCUUGUCAAGGAUUUAAAGCUACAACACCAACAUCAAUAUGAUGAAUUACGAAAAACGUGGUUGUGCAAAAGGUGUGAGACAAUGAAUGCCAAACUGAGAGUUCUGGAACAUCUUCUCCUGCGUGACAUGUACACUCCAGAUUCCAUACCAGCUCUUCAUAAGAUCAGGAAAUAUCUUGUAGAGGCAACAGAAGAAGCUUCUAUUGCUUACAAUAAGGCGGUAACUCGGCUCCGUGAAUACCAAGGCGUUGAUCUUCACUUUGAUAACAUUGCGAGACAAUAUCAUGAAAUUGUCAAGAAAUUAGAAGGUAUGCAGUGGACGAUUCACCAAGUUGAAAUGGAUCUCAAACGCAGCACAGGAAGUGGUUAAAUUGAUCUUGUUUUAGAUGUUAACUUCUGUCUCGGAAAUGCUUGUUGAUGUAUGAUUGCUGUCACACAAAUCGUGUACUGGAAACUCUUCGGUGACUCUUUAGUCUUUACUAAAGUACGGAAAGUUACUGUGUAUAUCUUCGAGGAUUAGUUGGUUUCCUUGAUUUGUAUCUAAAUUCUGAUGGCUGGAGGGAAAGGCCAAAAAUCGAUUUGCCUGGGUGUUGUGUUUAAAAACGUACAGGAAUGUUUUCUGAUUCAGCGCAAUCAAUUGUCGUCACUGUAAGUAUAAAGCGUAGAUGAAAGUUUAAAAUAUCAGCAAAUUAAGCGCGAGGUGUUUUAUGAA